AUGGGAGGAGAAACAGGGGAAGUAUUCCUGAAUAUUUUAGAGACCUGGUUUAAAGAUGUGAAAGGUUCUCUUGAAAUUUUGAAACCAUCUUGGACUAAUUGUUGGGCUAUUUGUAUAGGAGCAUACAUAUUGUUCAGAAUAUUAAAACGAAUUAAUAAUCAUGUUUUAAUGAAAAGGUUUGGAGCAAAGCCAAUGCAAAUGGAAGCCCCUAACUCAUUCUGGGGUAUACCGUUAAUGUUUAAACUUUUAAAAGCCAAAAGAGAAGGAACCAUGGUAGAUGUGACAAAGGAACGGUACAAAGAACUUGGUGUUGAUACCUUCGAUGUGAAUAUAGCAGGGACUCAUGCUAUUGUUACGCGCCAUCCGGAGAAUAUCAAGGCAAUUUUGGCUACUCAGUUUAACGAUUUUGCUUUGGGAAAAAGACAUGCUCAUUUUAAACCUUUAUUGGGGAGUGGUAUUUUCACAUUGGAUGGAGCAGGAUGGAAACAUUCACGGGCGAUGUUGAGACCACAGUUUGCUCGGGAACAAGUAGCGCAUGUACAGUCAUUGGAACCACAUUUACAAACGCUUGCAAAACAUAUCUUGAAUACUAAGGGACAAAGGUUUGAUAUUCAGCCAUUAUUUUUCAGGUUAACUAUUGAUAGCGCUACAGAAUUUUUAUUUGGCGAAUCGGUUGAGAGCUUACAUGAUGAAAGUGUUGGUUUUACUAAAGAUCCUGUUGAUUUUGAUGGUAAAUCUGGAUUUGCUGAUGCAUUCAAUAUUUCUCAAGCAUGGCUAGCCUCGAGAGCUGUAACUCAGAAUUUAUAUUUUCUUGUGGAUGGUAGGAGUUUCAGGAAAUCAAAUGCCAGAGUGCAUAAAUUCGCUGAUUACUAUGUAGAGAAAGCAUUAAAUGCUUCUCCAGAAGAUUUAGAAAAGACGUCAAGGGAUGGUUAUAUUUUCUUAUAUGAAUUGGUUAAGCAAACCAGAGACCCUAUUGUUUUGAGGGAUCAACUAUUGAACAUAUUAUUAGCAGGCAGAGAUACCACUGCUGGGUUAUUAUCAUUCACAUUUUUCGAGUUAGCACGAAACCCAGCUGUUUUCGACAGAUUGAAGGAGGAAAUAUAUGAGAAGUUUGGAGAUGGAGAAAAUGUCAGAAUUGAAGAAAUAACUUUUGAAUCUUUGAAGAAGUGUGAAUUCUUAAAGUGUGUUUUGAAUGAGAUUUUGCGAAUGUAUCCUUCGGUGCCUCAAAACUUCAGAUGUGCAAUUAAGAAUACUACCUUACCUAAAGGGGGAGGACCAGAUGGGCAGUCACCAAUUUUCAUUCCAAAGGGUAGGAGUGUCCAGUAUUAUGUAUAUGCUAUGCAUAGAAAUCCAAAAUAUUAUGGAAAGGAUGCAGAUGAGUUCAGACCUUCGAGAUGGUCAGAGCCAGAGAUGAGAAAAGUGGGGUGGGCAUUCUUGCCAUUUAACGGGGGCCCAAGAAUUUGCUUAGGCCAACAAUUUGCUUUAACUGAGGCUUCCUAUGUUAUUGUUCGGUUAAUACAGAUGUUCCCUAAUUUAAGCAGUUUCUGUGAAGAAUAUCCACCAAGAAAGAGUGUACACCUAACUAUGUGUCACCAAAAUGGUGUUUUUAUUGGAAUGUCCUAG